AUGAGUACACGCACAGCUAUGCGCUCUUCUCUCAGGCUGCAGGCUCGACGUAUCGGCACGAGCACCCGCGCUCUGCAAUCGCACAACGACCUGACGGGCGCCGACAAGCUUCUGGACGACGCACGGCAGCUCGAGGAUGAAGAGCGCCGUGCCCUGGCCAAAAAGUCGCAGGGACCGGAUCCGAACGAUCCCGCGUGGACGGGAGAGGAGCGUGUGCAGGAUACCGUGCUGCGGAUGGUGAUGGACAAGUACAAACCGCUGCGCAUCCGUGGCGACGAAUCCAAAGAUCCCGCCGACGAAAAGAUGCGACAGGGCAUUCAACAGCCCUCGGCCCCCGGCCCGGCCUCCACUGAGCCUCAAGCCGUUCGGUCACAAGACUCUACGAGCUCCAUCCUGGGUGUCGAAGCCGAAGGCGGGUACGAAGGCGGACGGAAGCUUCCCAAGACGCCGGAUGCCAAGCCGUGGCGUGCGGUGUACGUCCGACCAGCGCAUUUGGGCAAUGCGGCCCACGAACCGAGCGUCUACUACGGCCAAUUCCUCAAAUCCUCCUCUUCCACCAUAGAUACGGGAAUGAGCUCCGAGAUGCGCACCAAGCUUCGUGCCGCAGGUAUGGCGGCCUCCAUCCGUACCGACGACCCCAAAGCCAUGACGCAGCUACGUCAGGGGCUCAAGUCGGCCGAGCGACGAGGGAAACUGGUGCGUGCGCGCGAAAGCGUUCUCGACUACCAACUCUCCAAAUCCUCCUCUUCGGAGGGGGUUGGGGAUGAGGUAUCGGAUGUGACGCGCGACCUGCAGUUGCAACUAGGCCAUGCACAGGGCUGGGACAGUGUUGUGGAAAAACGCAUCAAGGCGGCUCAGGAAGCGGGCGUGUUCAGGCACAAUAAGCUGAGGGGCAGACCGAUCGAGCGCGACAUGGACGAGAAGAACCCCUUCCUGGCGCGCGAAGAGUACUUUAUGAACCGCAUCGUCAAACGCCAAGGCGCCGCCCCACCCUGGGUCGAACUCAACACCGAACUCGAGGCCCAACUUCAAAGUUGGCGCGCGCGAUGUGUGGAUAGUUGGGUAAGGCGCGCGAGUCGGAUGAUCACCACUUCCCACCUCGCCUCGGGCCUCGAACCCGUUUGCGCGGAGGCAGAGGCAAGGACGAGGGGGGAGAAGGCGUUGGUGGAGUUGGCUACGCGCUAUAGGGAUGCAGAAUGGGAAGCACGAGAACGCGCCUACCACACACACGAGCUGGAUCGACUCAACGACCUUGUACGAAGACACAACCAUCUGGCGCCGUUUACAGCACGCAAAGGGCUCAUGAACCUCGAUGUCGAGCUGACGCGCAUGUAUGCGCGUGCGGUGCCGAGACUCGUGCGCGAAGUAUCGCAGCUACUUCAGCAGAAAUCCGGGCUGCCGGGGCACACGCUCGAUCGCGCACUCGACCGCGCCGAGCCCGUGACGUACGACAUGUGGGGCCGACCGGUGCGCGCGACCGACUCGACACCCGGCAUCUUUGACGCGUGGUGGGGCACCGCCACUGCCGACCGCAAAGACCGCCCCAGCAACCCCAACGCGGCGGGCGAUACAGCCCCGCACACCGUGCCAUCGCUCGGCAUCGUCGCGGCCAUCCAGCGCAGCCUGCAGUGGGCACGAACGCGUCUUGGCGGCUGA